AUGGGUGUACGAUACGUGCUGUUCGCGGUGUCGUUGGUGUCGCUGGGUGCGAUGAUCCGAGGCGUGUAUGGUGGGUCCUGCCGAGAGGCCACCUUAUGCUGCAACGGGCGCGACUCAUCGUGCGUGGUGCAGAAGGCCCCACUGAACGCGAUCAUCGAGGAUCUGAACGAUAAGCCGUGCUACUGCGAUCACGCCUGUCUGAAGCUGGGCGACUGCUGCGACGACUUCAAGUCACACUGUGGAGUGAUCGAUUGCGUCGUGAGUGAAUGGGGCCAAUGGAGCGAAUGUGACACGGCUUGCGGCAACGGAAUGAUGUCGCGCACUCGCAUCAUCGAGCAGAAACCACAAAAUGGCGGCAAACACUGCCCGUCGCUGGUGCAGAAGCGCGGCUGCCAGGGACUGAAAUGUCACAAUCAUCACGACCGGAAGGCACUGCGAGAAACUGCACUGCUGCUGCCGGCCGCCCUCUCCAAGAGCCGCCACGAGAACGACACCAGCGACAUCCGGCGGAACCUGCGAUUGCGCUACAAGAACGCAUUCAAGCACAACCGAGGAAAUGAGUACUGCGUCGAGUUCGAGGUCAUCAAGGCGACCAAAGCGUGCCACAAGGACACGACGUACCGUGGGCUAGCCGAGGGUGAACGUGUGAUCGUUCGCUGCGACCUGGAAGCGCUGCACGAGGACAAAACGGUGGAUACGCUCGCGAGCAACUCGGUGCAGGAUGAGGACGAACCGGAAACACCGAAGUAUCGCUGCCGAGGGGAUGGACUGACGGGGCGUAACACGCGCUUCACCACACUCGCCAUGCCGGCUUGCCGGGGCAAAUGGAUGCGCUUUACGGUCGGCCAACCGAAGAAGUGUCCCUCCAACGAUGCCCAGUUCAUUUUCGUCUAA